CGGUGAUAUUCCCUCCUCGCCCCCUCUUCCACUUCACCCGCCAAAGACACUGAAACUCCAUCCCUUUCUCACUUCGCCGCGUCUCUCCCAACUCUCUUCUCUUGUCUUCUUCUUCUCCACACCCAUUCUCUAGGGUUUUACACCGCUCGCCCGGAUCCCUUCGCAAAACUCUCCUCCGACCAUGGCUGCUUCGUGCUCGAGACCGUGGAUCUCGGCGUGGUUCGCCGCGACAGCCUCGAAUCCGGGGCGGAUUCCUCGGUCCCCGGUCGUCCGGAUGCGUUGUCUUGGGCCGGAUGGUGGUUUUCUUGGAAGGAGGGCUGGUACUUCCGUCUGUUGUAGUGCUGAUCGGCACGCCGGGAAUGGCCGCGUGGCCGCCGCCAGCGGCGGUGGAGGUGGUGGCGGGAGUGAGAAUGAGAACGAGAAGUUUGUGAGGUGGUUUCGGCAAGCUUGGCCGUAUAUAAGGGCACACAGGGGGAGCACUUUCGUGGUGGUGAUCUCAGGGGAGAUCGUGGCGAGCCCUUACUUGGAUAGUGUUCUCCAGGAUAUUUCACUCCUUCAUGGUCUAGGGAUCAAAUUUGUCCUGGUUCCUGGGACCCAUGUCCAUAUUGAUAAGCUCUUGGAAGAGAAAGGAAGUAAGGGCAAAUACAUAGGUCGAUAUAGAAUUACGGAUUCUGAUUCAUUAGAGGCUGCGAUGGAAGCUGGUGGGAGGAUUCGACUCACAGUAGAAGCAAAGCUCUCUCCUGGUCCCCCUAUCCUGAAUCUUCGCCGACAUGGCGAUAAUAGUCGUUGGCAUGAACUUGGUGUUAAUGUUGCAAGUGGCAACUUCCUUGCAGCUAAGAGAAGAGGCGUUGUAGAUGGUGUUGAUUUCGGAUCAACUGGUGAAGUUAAAAAAAUAUAUGUUUCUCGUAUACAAGAAAGGCUUGAUAAAGAGUGUAUAGUUAUAGUAAGCAAUCUGGGCUAUUCCAGUUCAGGAGAAGUUCUAAAUUGCAACACUUAUGAAGUUGCUACUGCUUGUGCAUUAGCUAUCAAUGCAGAUAAACUGAUCUGCAUAACAGACGGUCAAAUUCUUGAUGAACAGGGACAAGUCAUUCGUUUUUUGUCUCUCCAAGAUGCGGAUAUGUUGAUUAGAGAGCGGGCUAAGCAAAGUGAAAUAGCUGCAAAUUAUGUCAAGGCUAUAGGUGAAGAUGAUAUGCAUUGUACAUGCUAUCUUGAUUUAAAAGAAGCCAACAAACCUCCUUGGAAUUGGAAAGGUUACAGAGAAAAGUGUAAUGCAACUUUUCAAAAUGGUGUCGGGUUUGACAACGGGAAUGGCUUAUGGUCUGGUGAGCAGGGAUUUGCUAUUGGAGGUGAAGAGCAAUUGAACAGAUCAAAUGGUUACCUUUCAGAACUGGCUGCUGCAGCAUAUGUAUGCAGAGGUGGAGCUCAAAGAGUUCAUAUUGUAGAUGGUACUCUCAGUGGAGCCUUGCUGCUAGAAUUAUUUACAAGAGAUGGAGUGGGGACAAUGGUGGCUAGUAAUGUGUAUGAGGGAACGCGGAAUGCUAGAUUGGCAGACUUUCCUGGCAUAAGAAGACUUAUACAACCUUUAGAAGUAUCUGGUGCGCUGGUUCGGAGAACUGAUGAAGAGCUUCUUAAACAAUUGGAUUCAUUUAUAGUUGUGGAGAGAGAUGGUUCAAUCAUUGCUUGUGCUGCACUUUUUCCCUUCUUUGACGAGAAAUGUGGAGAGAUUGCUGCAAUUGUUGUAUCCCCUGAGUGCCGUGGGCAUGGGCAAGGGGACAAAUUGCUCGAUUAUAUUGAGAAGAAGGCAUCAUACCUUGGAUUAGAGAAACUCUUCCUGCUUACAACUCGUGCUGCAGAUUGGUAUGUUGUGAGGCGUGGUUUCUCAGAAUGUUCUAUUGAGUCCAUUCCAGAUGAAAGGAGGAAAAAAAUCAAUUUCUUACGUGGAUCCAAAUAUUAUAUGAAGAAUCUACAACCAGAGCAAGGUGGAAUUACCAUCAACAGGGCAUAUUUUCAGGAGUUCAGUUACAAUGAAUCAAAGAUGCAGUUAGUUUGAUGGCCCUCUUUUCUAGUUUUAAAAGGGCAUACACGUAAACCAGAUUUAAAGGACCUUCUGUCCAGAUCAAUGAUCCUUCUGCACUCAACAUUGGAAAAGUAGUGUCUGUUUUCUUUUUGUUAUUGUAUUUUGUCACACUGCAAGACCAGUAGAGAUUUGCAAAUGACAAUGCUAGCAUUUUCGGAUUCCCUUUGCAAUCAAUGCAAGAACUGCAGAAGCUAUUCUCUCUUCAAAUGUUUUAGUUUAUAUUCUAA